UUGCACCUAUGACGAACUAUAUAUGUGUCGAUAAACAAGAUUAAAAAUUGUGUCCUGAUAAAUGAAUGAGAAAUAGGUGUGAACAGAGUAGAAGGGAGUCCGAAUGGCUACAGGCAAACAAAUACCCUGUGGUCCAUGUAGCGUUGAUGACGUCAUUAAGAAUGCUUGGAGAUGGUGCACUAGUUGUGAAGAAGGCAUAUGUGAAGAUUGUGAACACGUUCACAGAAGAAGCAAAUCCUCAAGAAAUCAUCGGGUUAUUUCAAUAGAAGAUUACAGUAAGAUUGAACAUUUUUCUAUCUCCCAAAUCUGUGAGCAGCAUGGUGAAAACCUGGAGUGGUUCUGUAAAUGUCACGACGAAGUCCUCUGUGUUGUUUGUGUCCCGUCAAAACACAAGGCAUGUUCUGAUGUUUUACCAAUAAGUGCUAACUCAGCCAAUGCAAGACAAUCCUCUGCAUUAUCGGACUUGGAAGAGAAAAUUGAGGGAAAUCUGUGCAACGUGAAACAAUGUAUCAAGAAUCGCGAAUCAGCUACAAAAGAAAUAAAAAGACAAGAACUUGAAGUUAAAACCAUGAUUAUUGAAACAAGACAGAAAUUAAACGGACAACUGGACAAGCUACAAGAAAAAAUGUUACACGAACUUAGAUCAACAGCUGACACAUGUAAAUCAAAAUAUAUUAAAAUCCUUGAAAACCUAAAAUCAACAGAAGAAAUGCUAACCAAACUAAGGCAAGAAACAGAACAUAUGAAACAAUUUUCUUCCGAUAUACAAGUGUUUCUGGGAACGCGUCAGGUCAAUAAGCGGAUCAUACAUAAGGUAGAGUCCACGAAGAGGGAAAUCGGUGCUGCCAAGGACUAUGAAUUAAAAGUAUCUAUUGAUAGGCUUAUCGAAAAACUAUCAAUAGACGUUGAAGAAUUUGGUAAAUUAACGGUUUUAGAAUCCGCCGUCAACCUUAAUUUUUGGGACACAAAAAUCGAUCAAGCUCAAAUUGAGAUCAAUGUCCCAAUAACAGAAAGCAUAUCCGACAUAAAACCACAGCUAAUUAAUUCAUUCCAAAUGUCAAGUGAACGUAACUUGAACGUUACAAGUUGUCUCAUAUUGCCUAAUGGUAAUUUGCUUAUUGCGAAUUCCACAAAGAACAGUAAUUUAAAAGAGUACAGUUAUACAGGUGAACAUAUCCGUGACAUCCCAAUAUCUGGCUGGCUAAACGAUAUAGUCUUGAUAGAUCUUGAUCGUAUUGUUGUGACAUACACAAACACGUCAUUCUUAGAAAUAAGGAAUAACAAUACUUUUAACGUUGAGAAGAAAAUCAGUUUACAAAAGUAUUGUUGGGGAGUCUCUCACGCGGAUGGAAAACUUUACGUAGUACAUGGAGACAGUAUACAAGUCCUGGAUUUAUCUGGAAGACAAUUGAAAACAAUAAAAACGGCAUCUACAAGUGUAUCUCGCAUCUUUGCGAGCAGAGACAGGAUAGUUUACUCAGAUUGGGAAAGCAACACAGUGCAUUGUAGAAAUUUGAAUGGAGAUGAAAUAUGGCAGUUUGUAAAUGACAGCAUCAAAUUUCCUGUAGGUGUUAAAGCAGAUAAUUCCAAUAACAUUUACGUCGUAGGCUACACAUCCAAUAAUCUUACAGUAAUACAACAUGACGGGAAAGACAGUAGGACGUUACUGACAGAAUCCGAUGGACUGAAUCGUCUAAAUGCUGUGUUCUUUGAUAAAGAUAAAAGAACAUUAUUAAUAAGCACUAUAGGAGGAAAGGUUUUAUUGUACAAACUUGUUUAAACGUUUCAUAUCAUACUAUGUACUUCAUCUGCGAUCUAGAAAAUUCAUUCCGAUAUACUAACAUCAAAAGGGAUAAGAUGGCAUGGAUUAUUACAAGGACCUCAUAGUUUUAUCUAAGAUUUUCAUGUUUGUAAUUGUUUGUAAUUGUUUUGUAAAUCACAUAGUUUUAUAAGCAGAUUAUUGUUAUUUUUAUUUAAAAAAAAUAUAGGUAGGCAUUUAUAAUGGAAGGUUUUAUAUUUAUUUAUUUUUUUGUC